AUGGGAAACUGCAUAUGUGUAAUAAACAAAACAACGACAGAGAGAAGAAGGAGAAGAGGAUCCACCGUGUUCCAUGACGACGACGUGGUGGAAGAGAAGCUGCUCGGGGAAACAAGUAACGUGUCGUCAUCAAGCUCUUCAUCCACGUGUGGAGGAAGAGAGAUUAAGAUAAAGAUGACGAGGAAAGAAUUUGAAGAUCUCAUGAGAAACAUUAGUUUGGAGGGAUUGACGGCGGAAGAGGUUUUUUCUAACUUUCUUUCUGACGGGGGAGAUCAAACCGGAACCGCCGCUGAUCAAUCCAAUGAUCACCAACGGCCGUGGAGACCAGCGUUACAGAGCAUCCCUGAGAUUGAUUAA